AUGGCUACAAUGGGUGCUCUACAUCCCUACGGGCAGCUGAUCCGGUCAGCGCGCACCGGCAUCACCUACGUCCCUCGCCGCACCCUGACCUACACACCCAUCCGCCGCGCCGAAGAAAGCAACAAUGACAAGCCCGAGCCGCCGCAAAAAAAGUCCACCCUCUCCUCGAUUAAGAACUUCUUCUUCGGCGGCAAGUCCGAUGCUCCCAAACCCAAGAUCACCCGCCAGCCCGUCGCGCCCCCGAAGCGGGAAGGUUCGCUGAGUGCGGACUCGAUUUUCGCUGAGGACCAGGCUGCCCCCAAGCUCAUUGCCUCGGGACGCACCCCGGCCGGCCGUAAGCAGGCUGGGCCGGCUGCAGAGGGUGAAGCGGAGGAGGUUACGACAGAGAUGCGGAACCCUGUGAAUAUGCGGGCGGUGCUCGAUCCGCGUCCGAAGGCGAGGAUUCGGUGGGAGCGGAAGAUGGUUGUUCGGGAGAUCAGGAAGAGAGGACGUCUGACAAAGGUAGAGAAGAUUGCCCGGACAGAGCGAGAGUCGUUAUCCAAGUCGCAUUGGUUCAAGACCUCAAUCAAGAAGCUCGGUCCACUAGCUCGCCAAAUCGCUGGUAAGAACAUCGACGAGGCUAUCCUCCAGAUGCAGUUUAGCAAGAAGAAGGUCGCCAAGGACGUCCUCGAGCACCUCAAGCAUGCAAAGAACGUCGCCAUUGUCCGCUCGGGUAUGGGUCUCGGCGGCGUGGACCCUGACGUCCCGGCACCGAAGCCGAUCAAGAUCACCCUCAAGGACGGCGAAAGCAAGACCAUCAAGGAUCCCACCUCUAUUUACAUUUCCCAAGCGUGGGUUAACCGCGGUCCCUUCGGCUCCGACUACGACCACCGGGCACGAGGAGUGAUUAACCGUCUUCGUCUCCCUCACACCUCUCUCACCGUCAUCCUGAAAGAAGAGAAGACGCGGAUCCGCGAGUGGGAGGACCGCGAAGCCAAGGCUCUGCGACAGCGCAAGGAGCGGCUCUGGGUCCACCUGCCUGAUCGCCCGAUCACCCAGCAGAACCAGUACUACUCUUGGUGA